AUGGCCGCUCCCAACUUCCGUAGCGCAUCUGUUUCCGCUCCCCAGACCCGCCAGGUCUCCCCUCCGCCUAGUAGGUUCGGCGCAUCUUGCGCUCCCCCCUUGCGCCAGAACUCGCUCGACAGCUUCCGCGCCAAGGUCAAGCCGCUCGUGAUUGCGCGCCCCGCCACCGCUGACGAGGCGCCCGGCGAGCGCCAUCCUCUAGAAAUCUGGGAGAUUAACUACGACGAGAUUUUCCCCAACUCCGCGCGCCUCGCGAAGCAGUUCGCCGAAAAGUCGCUCAAGCUGUCCAGCCCGCCCGUUCCCAUCGCCGCAUCACCCGCCGCAUCAUCCGUCGUACCAUCAGCGGCUUGCGCUUCCGCUGCGCGGACAGCGCCCCAGCAGCUCACUCCCCGCGAUCGAGUUUCUGAGGCGCUCCCGUCGCUGUCCCCCGUCGUUGACAAUUCUAGCCCGCUUUCCGAGCUCGCCUCCCCACAAUCUCCCCCCAGCAUCACCAUCCCCGCGCGCGCGCUCGACGAUUUCACCUCCCCCCCGUCGUUCCCCCAGCUGCGCGCGCGCAUGCUCGGUUGCAAGCUCGGCACGCCUUGCAUCGUGUCGCUCGCGCGCACGCCCGGCGAUCCCGGCGCGUGGGACGCCGACGACGAGGAGUACGAGUCGGAAGAGAGCACCCGGCGGCGGUUCCGCCGCUCCGGUAGCACCGGCGGAAGCCGCCACUGGGUUGGCGAGAAGGUGGGGGCAGGCGCGGAAGGCGGAAAUUACAAAGAGCGCGCGCGGGGCCCGUCUCCGCUGUCCGGGCGAGUUGUGGCGGGGAGUUGCGGGAGCCCGCAGCGGCAGCAGCACGCUCCGCGCGCCGGGAGCAUAAGUCCCCCAUCCGCGGAACCCAGAGCGGAGGAGAGGGAGAAGGGAAGCGCCGCGUGGGCGGAAAUAGCGGGGGAAGCAGUGGGCGCGCGGCUGGCGGAAGCCUACAGAGCCCUCUUUGCGGAAGGGGUUCCCGCGGAGGGGUUGUGCGAGGGGGGUUAG